CUGUCAUCUUUCUUGCGCUGCUGCUUGCUCAUUCCCGAUGUGCCAACUGGAGAGAGAAGAGAAGCGACGUUAGUUGUUUGAACGUUAAGGGGAAAACGUUAGGAGAGCCAUGUCGAACCCAGGACAAAAAGUGGUGCUAAUCACCGGUUGCUCCUCCGGGAUCGGGCUGAGGAUGGCGGUGAUGCUCGCUAAGGACGAGAAACAGCGCUAUCACGUCAUUGCCACCAUGCGAGACCUGAAGCGUAAAGACAAGCUGGUGGAGGCAGCAGGUGAUGCGUACGGGAAGAGCCUCUCUCUAGCUGUGUUGGACGUGUGUACGGACGAGUCAGUCAAACAGUGUAUCAACGGAAUCAAGGACAGACAUGUAGACGUACUCAUUAAUAAUGCAGGUAUAGGUCUGGUGGGACCGGUGGAAAGCAUCAGUAUAGCAGAGAUGAAGAGUGUGUUUGAGACCAACUUCUUCGGUGUGAUCCGGAUGAUCAAGGAGGUGAUGCCAGAUAUGAAGAAGAGGAGGGGAGGACACAUCGUAGUGGUCAGCAGUGUCAUGGGACUACAGGGUGUCGUGUUUAAUGACGUGUAUGCUGCCUCUAAGUUUGCCAUGGAAGGGUUUUGUGAGUGUCUGGCUGUACAGCUGCUCAAGUUUAACGUCACUAUGUCUAUGAUAGAGCCAGGCCCAGUCCAUACAGAGUUUGAAUCUAAGAUGAUUCAGGACGUCCGUCAGAAAGAGUUCCCUGGGGCCGAUGCCGAUACCGUCAACUACUUUAAAAACGUCUACCUGCCCUCCUCCGUCGACAUCUUUGAGACGCUCGGACAGACCCCCGAUGACAUUGCCAGGUGUACUAAGAAGGUGAUUGAGCAAGGCAGUUCUGCACGGUUCCGGAACCUUACCAACCCGCUGUACACGCCCAUCGUGGCACUGAAGUAUGCAGAUGAGACGGGCGGCCUGUCGGUGCACGCCUUCUACCAUAUGUUGUUCAACCUGGGGCCCCUGAUGCACGUUAGCAUGAAGGCUAUGCAGUACCUGACCUGUGGAUGUCUACGCUCCAGGACCAUCUCCCCUAACUAGACAUGGACACGGACACACACACACACAGAGAGAGAGACACACACACACACACACACAGACACACGGGCAUGCAGACACACAAACACACGGGCAUGCAGAGACAAGUGCCAGACACACAGAGACACACACACUAGUAUGCAGUACCUAACCUGUGGAUGUCUGUGCUCUAGAAACAUCUCACCCAACACACACUCACACGGAGAGUCAAGACACACACUUUAAAGACAAACUCAAAACACCCCCUGCAGUUUUAAAGUGUUCCUCCCUCUGUGAGCUGCCAUACUUUUUACUGUUUGUUUUGAUAGAAGCAGGAACUUCAGAAGUUGAAAUGUAACCUCUCAGUCUGUCUAACAUAGACUAUGUAUGUAUAGAUACUAUCUUGUGUGUAAUGUAUGUCAUUUUGAAUAGAAUGGAUCGGCUCUAUUUUGACAUAAAUAGCUCUUUCUACCUU